UGCAUUUUGAUAUCGCCUUGAUAAUAUUAUAUCACAUAUCCUUAGGUUUGGUUCUAGGGAGACAAUGGCAAAGGGAAAUUCUUACCAAACUUGAGGAUAUGCCUACAAAACAAGAUUUACAAAGACUACGAAAACAUCUGUACCUAGCGAUUUUUACCAUUGCCGUACUGGUAGGCGCCAUCAAUGUCCAACUAAUCCGUGCGUACCAUACUCCCGAGACCGCUGAUCUAAACGAUAUGGAACAACACGAGAUGUCUGAUUCGUACAUCCUUGGAACCCUAAGCGACAGCUGGUCCCACAACCAUACAGAUAUACUGUUGUUAUCUGAGCAAGAGGGGUGGGUGUUUCUGAAGCAUCCUAUUGAAUUUAAUAUGUCUACUUUUACGGGAUAUAAUAGUUACUUGCUGCAGGACUCGGAUGCACAAAAAUUGCAAAUAGACAACAUUUUACAAAGCGUGUAUAUAGCAUCUUCGACCAAACUAUCUGUUUUUGUACAUUACGGACGCCAGGCUGACGCUACAUUUUUCAUUCCAGUGGAUAAGUGCGCACAUGAAUACACUAUACCUAUGCACAAUUUUUGUGAAAAAUCAUUGGGGAAAAUAACUUUGAUUGCACCAUAUAACGACGCCGAGGUAACGAUAACACUUAGACAAGUAGCUGGAACAGUUGAAUUUAAUGGUAAAGUUUACAAUUCCGGUAACAAUAUGUCCGUACAGGUUCCGCGACAUAAAAUAUUGACAAUUGGACACAAUACCAGUUUGUCAGGGACAACAAUGCAUUCAACAACACCAGUGUGUGUAUUGGCUGGGACAGGGUGUAAAGAUGGACAAACUACGUGUAAAUCUGUCAUCACUACAGUUCUGCCGUCAUCGCAACUGUCGCGGUUCUUCAUCGUACCCAACGUGGUGACGAAUAGGAGCAGAUUACAACUUGUAUCCACGGAGGACAAUAACAAUGUCGUAAUACAUCGCUAUAGCAACAAGGAGCAACUGAUCCUGAAGACCUCUCAGACAUACGAUAUUGACCUGAUAGGUCGCGAGCCGACGGUGAUCACUAGUGAUCGAGACAUCAUCGUCACUGUACUAGCUAGACCAGUCGAAACCGAUCUCUUCUUACUUUGGAUAGUAGGUGUAGAUCAAUAUCGAUCUAGUUACCGAUUUUUUUAUACCGUGGUACGAUCACAGCUUCAUCCAUGAGUUGUAUGUAAUUUGUAAAACAAGUCAGAAGAAUGAAUUGCGACUUAAUAAACAGUUACUGUACCCUUUACAAGACUCUAGACGACGGUUCCUUGUGGAAGACGAAGAGUACGAAGGCUUCAGUCUAAGAGUCAGAUGUUGUAGAGACUAUGUUAUGGAACAUAAAAACGGGAUGAAAUUUGGGCUUUAUGUAUACGGAUAUCCGGGGGAAGGACAGUCACUUUAUAAAUCUUAUGGAUAUCCAGCCGGAAUAUUUCUCCGCUGAUAAAUACAAAUCUACUGAAACAAGAAAUAUCUUUAACAAAGAUAAACAGCAUAGAAUUUCUUGUUUUAAUGCUGGUGGUUAUAAUAUAAAACUGCUAAUAACAAUAUUACACGGCUAUGCCGAAAAAGAGACAACGCCGACGUAGAUUACGUGUCGAAAUAUGACAAAAACAUAAUGUUUACUGUUACUGUUUUCAUGUCAAUAUGUCAACCAAAAUGUAUUUCAUUUGAAAUGUUAUGGAUAUUUAAAGACACAUGCAGUGUUAGCAGUAUAAGAAAUGUUGAUGAUGAUCUCAAAGGUAGCAGUGUACAGUAAACAUGCCCAAUUUUGCAAAAUAUGACACAUGUCUUAGAUAUGUAGACAUUGCCAGUUAACCCUACAUAUAAACUCCAAUAAAGUAUAUAUAUUUGUAAUCUGUAUAACAUUUGCAAUCUUAAUACAGCUCUAAAGGAUAAGUUAACUGAUAUUUUCUGUGAGUUUUAGAGCUGCGAAUACCAUGGUAACAGCUUAAAAAAUGCUCAAAAAUUGCAAAAUAUUAUUAUAUUUGACC